AUGAAGGCACCUAUAUUAUUAGCGCUUCUAUUUUGUUGUGCGGCAACGGCCGAUCUGCGAGAGCAACCCACAAAUCUGACAGUAUUCAUAGGCAAAGAAGCUUUACUAAAAUGUUCCGUCAAAUUACCCGCCGACGGAACAGAGCUGUAUAGUCAAUGGCGGACGAAUAAUGGUGAUCUGUUGGGUUAUCAUGAUUCGGGGACUUUGAGUGGACAUGGAGGGAGAUACAGCUAUGUCAAGGAUACUCCGGGCGAGCUGAGCCUGCGCAUCGAAAACGUCGGCCUUGAGGAUGAUGGGCAAUUUGAAUGCCAGAUCCUCGGCGCUGAGACGGGCCCGAUUAGGGCAGCAGCGAGUCUGGAAGUUUUAGUGCCACCGGCCGAAGUGACACUAGCAAAUUAUCAAAGCGGCACCGAAGUCGAGAUCAAUGAAGACGCGGCCCUGAAUAUUACUUGUGUAGCUGCAAAUUCCAAGCCAAUUUCCGAGUUGAAAUGGUACAUAAACGGACGGCAAAUCGAGGACAACAUCCAGCGCUGGGAGAAGUACCAUUUGAACAAGACGGUGACCGCCUACGCGGCGCUACUCUGGAAGCCGCGGCGGACUGACCAUAAGAAAAUGUUGGCUUGCGAGGCUGUGCACGAAGAGACGUCGACCCAAUCGAGGGUUAACGUUACGCUGAAUGUGUUUUACCCCUCCGAUAGACCCCGCGCCACCGUCCUCAGCGGCGAAAAUCUCGUAAAAUCUGGCGACAACGUGACGCUCCAAUGUCUAGUCCACGGAGGCAACCCACCCCCUAACGUCACCUGGUUCCUCGCCGGCAAAGCCAUCGACACCUCCUUUCACUACAACUAUGAGACGCAGGAAGCCACAAAUACGUACUCGUUCAUCGCCGAAGCAUCCGACAACAUGGCCGCGUACGAAUGUCGCAGUCAAACGCGUGAACAUAUCGCCCCGCUCAAGGCCAGCGUACAUGUCAAAGUGGCAUUCGCCCCACAAGCUGUCGACAUUUUUGGGGAGAGUAAUGUUCGACAAGGUGGUUCGACUACUAUCCAGUGUCGAUCCAGAGUCUCCAACCCACCUGCUCGCCUCUCCUGGUUCGUCAACGGCCACCCAGUUCCCGGCGUCCUCCAGGCCGAGCACAAGCAGUCCCACGGCACCAUCUCCAUCUCCAACCUGACCGUCAACUCGCUGGAGAUGGUUCACAGCAAAUACAAGAUUGCCAUCGAAUGUCAGGCGAGAAAUGAGGAGGGCAGUGCCAAUAAACAGCAUCUCGUGAAAAUUCUGGUGCCUCCGGAGAUGCCGAGAAUUCACGGAUUUGACGAUGUGAUCCUGCUCGAGGGUGAUACCGUUAACGCGACUUGUGAAGUACUGGGCGGUCAUCCACUCGCCGAUAUUGCAUGGUAUCGCGGUCAUGAAAAGCUAAUCGGUGCGAGGACAUCUGUAUCUGGGGAUAAAGCAGUCUCGACGAUGUCGCUAGUUCUCGAUCGUAGUCUACAUAAACAACGGAUACGUUGCGAGGCUACAAACGCGGCGCUGGACGAGCCGUUGGUGGAUUGGAAGCAGUUGAACGUUUACUUCCCACCACGCCGACUCGCCAUUCGCACACCAGAAGGCACUCGGCAUCAAAUUGUAUCUGGGCGUGAAGCUCGGCUCCUAUGUUCAGCACCAGCUUCGAACCCCCCGGCGGAUAUUUCGUGGCAAAUACAACCGAAUGGAGAGACGCAACCUCUUGUUUAUACCGGAGAGACGGUCGUCAACGAGACCCUCCGAGAACAAGGGCACACCAUUGAAAACAUUGUCUCUUUCAUCCCAACCGAGCAGUACGAUGGAACGAUUAUCCGUUGUAUCGCCAGCCAUCCCUUGUGGCCGGAGUCGAAGAACGUCACCUUCCCACUGAGCGUACAAUAUCCCCCAUUAAUGCUUGUCGGGAAUAGGAUGUCGAUCGUAGUCGCCGAGGGAGAAUCCUUCAAAGAAAAUCUUACGAUCCGCGCCAAUCCGCCGGUCUCGACCUGGAAGUGGAAGAAGGAUGGUCACGUUUUUGAACAUACCAUUGGAGGCAUUAUGGGCCGGGGUCCCUCACUAUCUGGUCGAAACGUGCAAUCAACCGAUGCUGGCCACUAUACACUUUUUGCAAUGAAUAGCGUUGGAACGACCAACGUUUCAAUCCAAUUGACGGUUGAGUACCCGGCAAAGGUUGUCCAAAUUACAUCCCCGGUCAUCGCAUCGGCAGGUGAGGAGGUGCUGCUGGAGUGUGAAGUCGAGGGAGUGCCACCCACCAAGGAUAUGGUGAUUUGGAUGAAGAAUGGUCGAGAGGUGCCAAGCAUGAAACGAGGAGAGAUGAAAGCUGUUCUUCGGGUGAAUGCUUCGCUCGACACUGCUGGGCAGUACAUGUGUCAGGGUUACAAUGGAAUUGGAGCACCAGCAAGAGCCCCGGCUUACCUCCUCGUCAACCAGCGGCCCACCAUCAUCCGCUCGUCAGCUUUUUCACGAGCAGCCGGCGCCCUUGGCGGCAAAGCUCGAGCCAGAUGUCGUGUCAACGCCGUGCCAGACGCCGAAUUCUUCUGGGAGGUCAACGGCGAGACGAUUCGCGCUAACAACUCGAAAUAUGCCGUUCACAACAGCCAACUAGACUACAGCACCUUUGAGAGUUCUCUCUGGGUGACCAUUGGCAGUCCCGGCGACUACGGUGACGUCAAAUGCAUCAGCAUCAACAGACUCGGCGAGGACAGCCAUUUAAUCAAAAUCGGGCCUUUGACCGCGCCGGACGUCCCGGGCGAGCCGUUGCUGACCAACGCCACCUCCACAGCGCUCUCGAUUUCCUGGCCACCUGGCUUUGACGGCGGAUCCGAACAACAGUUUGAAAUUGCCUACAAAAUGCAGGGGAAUGGCGAAGCGACGGCUGUCAAUACUUCCCAUAAUCACGUUCGGGUGUCUGGCCUUCAACCCGGUCGUCUCUACUACUUCCAAGUCCGGGCGCACAACGUUCGUGGGUAUUCUUCGGAAUACACACGACCCCCGGUGGCCUUCUCGACGUUGACGGCCGAUGGUAUCGCUGUUGGGACGAACAGAAUAAGGGAUGGUCAUCUACCAAAGUCUUUGAUCGUCUGCGCCGUGUGCUUCAUCAUCUUUUGCUUGAUGUGCAACUUGUUCAUCUGUAUGUAUAGGAAGAAUAAGAGGAGGAAGAAGAUGAUUCAAGAGAAAACGGAGAUAAUCCGGACUCAUGGAGAUCAAGCCGUGCGGCCGGUGCAGAUGUACGGAGCGAUAGGGCUUGAGGCUCCGAAGGAAUAUCAAUUAGGUAAGGAAGUAAAUCCAAAUGGCUACAUGCAACAAAUCGACCCAGCCUUCUACGAGCGAAGUCACCUGAUGGAAUACGAAUUUGACCCCUACCAAACCACUCGAAACUUCCAAGCCAACUUUGGCAGCCUGCGCACCAAGGACACGUACAGUAAUAUACCGUAUCCGGAACCACCAAUGCCAGCCGCCUACCACCACAUGAGUCCGGUGGCUUCAAAAAGUGCCAAAACCUCCCCGCAGCAUCUAUCGACGUUCAUCCAGCCGGCCGGUGUACGGACGGCGCCUAUGCACUAUUCACAAUUGGAUGGGGAUCUGGUU